AUGUCCAAGCGGAGUUGGCAAGAGGCCGAACUGCCAUCCCCACGCUCUGCUCCGGGUCCCAGUCCACAGAGAGCAACCUCUACGACGUCUCCUCAUACAUAUACUUCUCCUGCGCAAUCGGCCUCGCCAAAGAAACCUCGCAAUUCUUUUGACGAGCCCAGUCUCAUUGCCAAAGCCCCGUCCCGUCCACAACGGACCAAUUCCACCACCAAUGGAGCCGCGGCGGACGCCAAGUUGCCCGGGAUAUCGAGAAAGGUCAAGGCGUGCGCAGCAUGCCGCAAGCAAAAAAUCAAGUGUAUUAUGAUUGGAGACCCGCCGUGUCAACGAUGCAAGGAACGAGGGCUAUCGUGUCGCCUCAACAAAAGCCUGCAGACCCUCAUGUCGGAGGAUUCGAAAUGGAAAGCCGCCGUCACAAAAGAUGUCACGGCCCUGUACGCCGCCGUCGAGGAAAUUGUUCGAACACUACAGCUGCCGUCUCUACCGCAAAUGCUCGUUUCGACCCAAGAUCCUGCCAUCUUCUUUGACCAGGAAGAACAAGGUAAUGAUCCCGACGAUGAGGAUCAGUCUUUCGACAAUUCGCCCAAAGUUACGCCAGUAGCCGACAAUCUGUCACAUGUGCCCAUUGAAUCGCUAUAUCAGAUCACCGGGAUGCGAUCUCUGAGAGCAUCUGAGAACAUUACGGAAGAUCAGUCACGAAUAUGCAAACAACUGCGAGAUACUGACUUUAUUGCAAGGGGCCUGGUGAAGCAAGAAGAUGCAGAGCACCUGGCCAAUUACUAUCUCAGCAAGCUUGACCCCUAUAUUUGGCACAUAUGUCCGGACUACUCCGACUUGGAGUCCUUCCGACGCCGCUCGCCAACGUUGACCGCGUGUGUUCUUACUGUCGCGGCUCUUCACGACACUAAGCUGGGUCACCUAUACUCGGUUUGCAGCAAGGAGUAUAGGAGAUUGGUCGCUAAUGCCAUGUUUGAACGGAAAAUCGACAUGGAGUAUCUGCGAGCCCUGGUUCUUGGAUCGUACUGGCUGAGCGAUAUCUCGUGGACCUUGUCUGGCUAUGCCAUUCGCCGUGCCAGUGAAUUUCACCUUCGACAGUACUAUCACGAAAUAGCAGAGUCUGUGAGAUCGCCGGAAAAGGCUGACCCGACAAAGUUGCAGGAAGCCAUGGACGGCAUCAGAGUACUUUAUCUGCUCUAUAUAUGUGACCACCAUUUGUCUAUCCUCUAUGGCCGAUCGUCCAUUAUGCGUGACAACGAAAGCUAUAUCACUGGAUGGGAGGCCUACCUGGCGUGCUCAUUGUCCACAGAUGCCGAUCGCAGAAUUGCGGGGCAAAUCUGCCUGAUGUAUCUGAUGAACCAAAUACGAGAGACUCUAGGCCCCGAAGAUACAAGCUCGGUGUUGCCGGUCUCUGCUCUAACCAAGAUUGCAGGCUUUGAGCGUGAUUUGGACGACUGGAUUGCCAGGUUCUCGAGGCAUAAUCCAAGCCAAUAUAUUGGCAAUUGGCCCAACAAGGGUGCAGUCAUGCAUUAUCACUGGGCCAAGCUCUAUCUCCAAUCAUAUGUCCUUCGAGGACUACCUGAAUCCGGGGCUGUCAUCCCCGAGCACUUUUUGGAGAAUGCUUCAGCCGCAGUUGCUGCCGCGACUGCCAUCAUCAACCUUCUCCUAGAUGACAAAGAUGCGCAAAUAGCUAUCGCCUAUGUUCCCCACCAUAUCCACGGCAUGAUCGCAUUUGCAUGCAUGUUUCUUCUGAAAAUCGCAACAAAGCAUAGCGAGCAGCUGUUCUUGGACACGGUUCGCUUUCAAAGGCUCAUCAAUGCACUGGCACAACAUUUCAAGUCGACGGACGUUGGUAAAGAUCAUUUGAUCCACAGAAUGGCCGAGGGACUCGAAAAGAUGGCGGAGAGCUUGGGAGGGCCAGCACGGUCAAAGAACCGUGUAAGGGUCAAUGGAGAGCGCUCGAGUCAGCCAUUAGCAUCUCCGAGUCAACCGGUCGACACGACGGUGAAUCUGGGCAGGGUCACCAAUGGGCAGUCGGAUGUGCCUGACUAUGGCUCGCUGGAUCCAACUGCCUUUGAUUUUGGAGAUCCUGCUUUGGGGCUGGGCAUGCCGUUCUUCGAUUUCGAGGGGACGACGCUGGAUGCUGGGCAAGCCAUGUGGAAUUUCACGUAA